GUAGUGACAGGAAGUUACAUUGUUUAUAUUGAAAACUUGACGGUUUUAGAGCAUCCUGACGUCUUUUCGGAGCACAAAGUGAAAACGCAUCUCAGUCUGGUACUGCGCCGUCCUCCUCACACGUUACGAUGCCCACACGGAUUCACAAGGGCAGACUUUAAUCAUCUCUGACGCAUUCAGGGACGUUAAUUUUAAUUUUUACUGUUCGUUUGCUUUUAAUUUUGACGGAAACCUCUUUUGUCCGCGGGAUACCUAUGGCCACCGCCACCACCGUCCCCAGCAUCAGCACCACUACCGGAGGGCCGUCGGGCCAGCCAGGACGGCCGGGAUUCAACCAGCACACCUAGCAGGUUCACUGAAGGAUAACACAGCCUGGUGUGUUGUAUGCCAGGUGGCGUGCAGUGUUUCGACUGGGUUCAUGGCUAUGGCAGAUAACACUGUGAAUAUGUGUGAAUAAUACAUGAAGCACCAAAGGCAAAGGCUGAGGAGGCCCCCCUUCAGACCCAGUUGCCUUAACUGACCUUUGACCCUUCUCUGAGAACCCGUGUAAGGGGUCACGACCGCAGCGCAGAACAACAGGACUGAUCAUCAAGCCUCCGGCCCCAACCAUCAUGACGAAGCAGAGAGUGGAUGUCGCCCCAUCACCCUGAAACCAGAACCUGAAAGAUGACAGAGAGCAGGAGGAGGAGGGAGCUGUGAGACGCUGAAUGGGAACAAAAUUAGGACAAAAAGGAUGUGAAUUUAGCACUGACAAUUACAGGACUGUGUUUUAUUCAUCAAACCGCAUGUCUCUGAUAUGACUGAGAUUCUGGCAUCUGAAAACCUGUAACAGACUCAACCCAGCAACAAAAACCAAAAAACACUUUCAGCUUCCUCUGAACCAAUAAUGUAGAAGAAGACAGCAGAGACGAUUGUUGAUUUAUGAGCUGUCACUGUAGGACAACAGUCCAUCAAAUACGACCACGAUUGUCUCUUACUAACGAAAUGUGGGAUUUUUUUUGAAGAGUUUGAACUGUUUCAGUCAUGCUCUGCUUUUAUAAAUCUGGAAUUUAAACUCAAAGACAUCACAAACACAGACAGCAAAUAAGAUUGUGUUUAAGAUUAUUAAGGGCAAAGACUCUAUUUACCUCCUUGACAACCAAAUUCACAACUGAGAGACUGUAUGACAAAACAGUCAACAAAACCAAACGGAAAUACGCCUUGAAGCUUGAGACUGAACCUUGAGAUAAAGUUUAAGACAUAAAAGUUUGAAAAACAAGUCCAUGUGUUGAUCUAGAGAGAUCCAAUUUGUGCAGAAACAUAUUUUGGACAUUAGGAAUCACACCAGAGUGAGACUCCACGAUGACGCACCUACACGCUGGUCUGAGCUCAGAGACGACCGAGAAGGCUCGCUUAGAGCUGAAUGAAAACCCGGACACUCUGCAUCAGGACAUCCAGCAGGUGCGGGACAUGAUUGUGACACGGCCAGACAUUGGUUUCCUGCGGACGGAUGACGACUUCAUCCUCCGCUUCCUGAGAGCCAGGAAGUUCGACCAGAUGGAAACCUUCAGACUGCUGGCCCAGUACUUCCAGUUCAGACAGCAGAACCUCGACAUGUUCCAGAGCUUCAAGGUGGACGAUCCGGGUAUUAAGAGGGCGCUGAUGGAUGGCUUCCCAGGCGUACUGGAGACUCCAGAUCAACAUGGCCGAAAAAUCCUCAUCCUUUUCGCCUCCAACUGGGACCAGAGCAGAAACUCUUUCACAGACAUCCUACGGGCGAUCUUGCUUUCUCUGGAGGUCCUGAUCGAGAACCCGGAGCUCCAGAUCAACGGUUUCAUCCUCAUCAUUGACUGGAGCAACUUCUCCUUCAAACAGGCCUCCAAGCUCACCCCCAACAUUCUCAAACUGGCUAUCGAAGGCCUUCAGGACAGUUUUCCCGCUCGUUUUGGAGGAAUCCAUUUUGUGAAUCAGCCGUGGUACAUUCAUGCCAUGUACACCAUCAUCAAACCUUUCCUCAAAGACAAGACCAGGAAAAGGAUCUUCCUCCACGGUAACAACCUGAACUCACUGCACCAGCUCAUCCAGCCUGAGUGUUUGCCGUCAGAGUUCGGUGGGACUCUGCCUCCGUAUGAUAUGGGCAUCUGGGCUCGAACGCUGCUCGGACCCGACUAUAACGACGAGACUGAGUACACGCUGACCUACGACGCCCUGCACGUCAGGGAGAACUGUGGAGGAGGAGGAGACAAGGACAUGAUGAAAAGGUCUCAGUCGGCAGUUGAAUCAGGAACUCUGCGACAAACGGACAGAGACACCAGCACACCAUUACUGGCCCUGGACUAAACACACACACACACACACACACACACAGCACACACAGAAACAGUAACACAUGCAUACCCUUAGAGCCAUCAGACAACAACACACACACAGAUCUAUUAACACACAUACAGAUUACAGCAUAUUUUAAAGACAAGAACAAACCACAGCAUGUACUGUGAUACUUACGCACACAUCUAUGUAACACACACACACACACACACAACACCAGCUGUGUAUUAAGCUGGUAAAUGUGUUAUGUUCUUUCGUCCUGAGGACAUGAACUUUGACAGCACUGAACUUCCUGAAGAGGACAUGCACAUGCACAUGUACACACACACACACACACACACACACAGUCUGUCCUGUCUCUGAGCCGUCUAAUGCCUCCCUGCUGAGCCUCUCUCCAGACAGCAGCUUCUGUCCUGAUGUCCACAACAACGGCGACACACUCUGAAGUGUGUUUGUCUGUGUUUCUGCUGCACGGCCGUGUGUCAAAUCUGUCAGAAACAAUCAGGAUUGUGACAUCGUGAUAACAUUUAAUCUAUGAUCCGAUUCUGUUAGUCAGUCAGGAACAUGAAACCUGAGAAUCAAACAUGAUAAAAAAGUUGUGGUGGAACUUUACUUAAACCUCAGAGAACAACAGAUUGACACCAGGUCACAUUACUAAACAGAUAAAAUCAUGUCCAUUAUUAAGAAACAUUCAGGGCUGAUUACCCCAACAAGGAUUCAUUUAAACAAAGUUUUAGAUUAAAUCGAUAAAGUCAGAUUUAGAUAGUGUCAGUGUUUGAGGAAGACAAGCAUCGUGUUGAUGAAUUAUUCUGAGCCUUAUUUAUGGGAAAACAUAUGCAUUUUUAAUCAAACAGUAUUAAGGGAUUUUGUCACACAUACAUAUCUACAUGUGUUACAUCUAUCUGGGGGGAUAAUAAUGUAUAUCUCUUGGAAUUAUAGUUCCCAUAACCUUUCAGGGGAUGUAAACAAUGAGUGUAAUUGUGCCAAAAAGUCAUUCAGUUAGCUGAUGUCUAACUUACUUUUCUUCACUAAUAUUUGUUUACCCUUUGGCAAAUUGGUGCCCUUACAAGUAUGCUGAAUUAGCUGCUGGCACUUCCUGUGUGCAGUGUACACAUACAUAUACAGACAACUAUGACUGGAUUAUGUUGACACUGAAGAAUCUAAAAUUAUGAGGUGCACAAAAUGCUUCCUGCAGUAUUUUUCCUCUCCUGAAACCCCACGAGGCGCCUCACAGUAUGAAAAUCUCUAGAAAAAAAGUGAUACAAUGAGUCACCAACAGAUCUGAUAAUUAUUACAAAUAUUUCUGUAUCAGCUUUAAUAAAAACAAAUGUUGCAGCAAUAAAUCUGGCUGUUCUAGUGGAAAAAACAUGUAAUGGUUUAGAGCAGGUGAAUACUGGAUUAGAUCAUCUGCUGGGCACAAACACGACUGCAAUGGGAUGACCACGUUGCUCUGUGUUUGUUGGCUACUGUUUGUAAACAAGUUAAUAUUAACAACUUAAUGAGGUGCUAAUUGUGUUUACAGCUUGUUUCUGCUGCCCCCAAGUGGCCAAUAAUCAGUUCAUGCGGCUUUAAAAAGUUCAGAUUUGUGUGUUUCAGAUUUUUCGGUUCAGAUUUGGGAUGAAACACAAUGAUGAGUCACAAUUUAAUUCAAAAUAAAAGAUAAUCCUUGUUGGUGAAACUCGGCCAUAAAUGUUUGCAAGAACUUUUAUCUUCAGUGUUUUCCAAGCUAUAAAUCUAAGAUCUCAAAUUUCAGACAACUGUUUUGACAUGGCGGUUUCAUCACUACAAAUUCUUUAUCUAUCUGCUGGACUUUUUUUUCUCAUUAAUGAAUCAAAAUACUGAAAAUUCAGCCUAAAGCUUUGUGUGUUAAUUGUGCUGAAAUCUGAAUGAAAUUCAAUGGAGGUGAAACAUCAGUUAUCAAAGGAAAGAAGGAAGGACGACGUAAAAGAAACUUCAUCUUAAUAGAAUGAUGUCACCUUUUUUCUUUCAUGUAAAAUAACAAAAUCACAUUGAGUGAGGCCAGCUUUGCACAAGCAUUUCAAAAUUAAAGUACUACACAUGUCGUCACAAACCGCAAGACAAAUCGCAGACCACGUGCAUGAAAAUAAAAAAAAACUGUUCUACCAGAGUGAAAUAUUUCAGAAGUUGCUGGUGCUGUGAAGAGAACACAGGAUGCCAAAUUAUCUCCUUUAACCUCUACUGCAGUAAAGGGAAAGAUUGUUUUUAUUGAAUUAACUUAUCUUAAGAUUGUAUAUUAUUGUUAAAAGCAUUGUUACACUGCAAAAAAGUGACACACUUGGCAGAUUUCAUCCUGAGAUAUUUGAAGUCAAAUUAUCUUCAGUCUUUGCAGGGUAAUUAAUUUUAAUUUCUACCUGAGAUCAGAUAAUCUCAGAAGCAUAAAACUAGUUGAACAUAAAUUAAGACCAUGAGCAGGUUGAUAAUUUUACUUUGAAAAUAUCUUAAUAUAAUAUGGAUCAUCUGUAAACUAUAAAGGCUGAGUUUGUCAUCAUGUUUUUGCAGUGUGUUUGACUCAUCAGGGCUACACUGACCAGUGAUCUGUUCUCCACUCAACUGUAAUGUAUUUCCUUUCAAUGAAUGUAUAGAAGUAAACAUUUACAC